UAUUCCAAUUUGCAAGUCAACUUGCACAAAGCCUUCGUCAACAAUUCUUUAUUCAUAACAACCAUCUCCAUGUGGAGCAACUCAUCACACACAGAUCAAGCUUCCAAAGUCCAACAAGCAAGAAACUGAGAAGCAAGCAGGGAAGAACUGAGACUCAUGGCUGCAGGUGAGGGCAUAGAAAUGAAAGCAGAUCAGAUUGAGAAGGCAUUUUCUACUGCCUGGAAGGCUCACAAGUCACCAGAAAAGCAUUACCUUGUUGAAAAGAACACCAGAGUCAACCCUUCAGAAGUCAUCAUCAGCUUUCCAGCAUCAGGUUCUGUCAAGGAUUGGUAUUCUGGAACAACCUUUGGGGAAACCAAAAUAGAUCUUAAACUAUUUCCCUCACUUAAAAGCAUUGGAAACAAUGAAGCUGCUAAAGUCAAUGAAGCCUUUCUGAAAAGAUUCCAAGACAUUCUGGACAAAUCCGCAUUUAAAGAUGAGGUAGACAAAGCAAUGAGCAAACAAAAGAAAAUAGUGUUUACAGGACACUCCUCUGGUGCUCCAAUGGCCAUUCUUGCAUCCCUCUGGACCUUGGAGAAGUACCUAACACCAAAAUCUCAUAGAGAGAUCCCUCUCCUCUGUGUAACUUCCGGUUCUCCCUUAGUUGGCAAUCACAUAUUUUCUCACGCCACUGCGCGAGAAAACUGGUCUCGCUAUUUCUUUCAUUUUGUCAUGAAGCAUGACAUAGUGCCAAGAAUUCUCCUUGCUCCUCUCUCUUCCUUGGACCAAAGCCUUGAACCAGUUUCACAGUUCUUCAACCCCAAAUCCAAAUCUUUCAUGAACGAGUCCAUUGGAAGAGUUACAGAAGCUUCAGAUUUCUACUUUGCCGUGAUGUCAAGUGCUGCAUCUGUCACGAGCCAUGCUGCGUGCAAGCUAAUGGGCACGACGGAUGCAGCACUUGAAACACUGGCAAAUUUUUUUCCAAUGAGCCCUUACAGGCCCUUUGGAACUUACAUUUUCUGCAUUGCAAAUGGAAAGGAAGCAAAGCAAAUUGUCGUAAGAAACCCAGAUGCGGUUCUGCAGCUCUUGUUUUUCUCUGCUCAGAUAAACACUGAAACUGAAGCUGAUCAAGUUCCCUAUAGAAGCCUGCGAGAACAUGUCAUCAAUGAUACUGAACUGCAACAAACGUUAAGAAUGCAGAAUGUUGUGUACUUGGAUCAACUGGGGAAGCUUCCUUUGCCUGAGGAUAGUUCAAGUGGUGACACUGCAGAGAUUAACAUGGCCUUAAAUGACCUUGGCCUGAGCACAAGAGCAAGACUGUGCCUUCGAGCAGCAGGGGAGUCAGAGGCAAGGAAACGGGACAACGAGGAAGUAAUAAAAAAGAAGAAAGCCUUUGUUGAGGAAAGAAUGAAGAAACUGGAUGAGUACAGAGAAACAAAGUCACUCCAGAAAGUAGGGUACUACGACAGCUUCAAGAUCCAAGAUGACAUAGAGGACUUCUCAGCAAACGUGACGAGGCUAGAGCUUGCAGGGGUGUGGGAUGAGAUAAUUGAAAAGCUAAGAAGUUACGAACUCCCAGACGAGUUCGAAGGCAACAAAUAUUGGAUAGAGCAAGGAACAAGGUUUCGCCGACUCGUGGAGCCGCUGGACAUAGCUAACUACUACCGCCACCCGAGGGAAGGGGCUUACAUGGAUAAGGGAAGGCCAAGACGUUACAGGUACGCGCAGAGGUGGUUGGAGCAUUCGCAGGGGAGAACGGAGGAAGCUAUCUCGGAGUCUUGCUUCUGGGCUGAGGUGGAGGAUCUUUGGAACAUGGCAACAAGUGACAAGAAAUGUUCUUUUGAGAAUGUAAAGGAAAGGGUUGUGAGAGUAGAGGAGCAGAUAAGAGUAUGGAUUGGGAAGGGUGAAUUAGGUAACGAUGUGUUCUUGGAGGGUUCUACCUUGGUGAAGUGGUGGAAGUUUCUGCCUUGGCAGCACAAGCAAUAUUCAUGCAUUAGAAGUCUUGUUGAACCAUGAAUAGAGACAAGCAUGUGCUAGUGCAUUGAGGGUGUGAGCUAAUUUUUAUUAUUAUCUUUGUUCAGUUUUGUAAUGGAAAAUGGUUGGUAUGAUGUAGACCAAUAAUGACAUAUACACACCUCAUUUUUAAACACUUUAUUUCCGCCUCUUUUUAUUUA